AUGAGCCAACCGGAGGAGGAGAGGAGCCCAGGGCCUGGCAGCCCCGAGCUGGCUGGUGAUGACCCUGAGGAGCGGUACAAGUCCUUCUGCGCCGUCGUGAUUGACACGGGCACCAGCCACACCAGGAGCGGGCUGGCAGGGGACGAGAAGCCGCGGUCAGUGGUGCCCAGCCGGGUGGAGGGGCCCAGGCAGCAGGAUGACCCUGGCCUCGGUGACGGUGGCUCCAUCCUCACCCAUGGUGUGGUCACCGACUGGGACGGCCUGGAGACGUUGUGGCACCGCGUCUUCUAUCGUGAGUUGGCUGUGUGUCCGGAGGAGCUGGCCGUGCUGGUGACGGACGCCCCCCUGUCCCCCGCCGCCAACCGGGAGAAGGUGGCCGAGCUUCUCUUCGAGAGCUUCGGGGUGCCGGCGAUGCUGGUGCUGCCCCGCUCGCUGCUGGCGGCCUACUCCUACGGGCGCACCAGCGGGCUGGUGGUGGGCUCGGGCGCCGGCACGUCCUACGUGGCGCCCAUCCUGGACGGCUACGCCCUGCCGCACGCCACCUUCCGGCUGGACGUGGCCGGGGACGCCCUGACGGCCUACCUAGGGGAGCUGCGGGGCGCCCGCGGGCCCCCGCUCCCGCCCGACCUGCUGCGCCAGCUCAAGGAGCACUGCUGCUGCUGCCAGCUGCCCGGGGCGCCCGCGCCAGCCCCCGCCGUGGACUUCACCCUCCCGGACAAGCGGGUGGUGUCGGUGGGCAGCGAGCGCUUCCGCUGCCCCGAAGCCCUCUUCGCCCCCGCCGCCGUGGGGCUGCCGGCGGAGCCCGGCCUCGCCGCGCAGGCCGCCCGCAGCCUGCGCCGCUGCGGCGCCCGCCGGCGCGGCCGGCUCCUGGCCGACGUGCUGCUGGCCGGUGGCACCACGCUGCUGAGCGGCUUCGCCGAGCGGCUGGGCGCCGAGCUGCGGGACGCCGCGGGGGCGGCGGCGGCGGGCCCGGCGGCGGGUCCCCGGCGCCGUUUCGCCGCCUGGCUGGGCGGCUCCAUCGCCGCCUCCCUCGACGCCUUCCAGAGCGCCUGGAUCGCCCAGCGGGCCUACGGCGAGAGCGGCGCCGCCGUGGUGCACCGGCACUGCUUCUGA